AUGGAGGACGAGGGGGGUAAGUUCAACAAAACCCUCGAAAAACAAGAGGCAGUUCUGGAAACAGUCGCGCGGGUGGGUAAACACCACGUGCUGGAAGAGGUGAAGGAGAGGGAGCAGCGGGAGGAGCAGGAGGACCGGCAAGUGCUAGAGGAAGCAGAGAGGGAGGAAGCACAGGAGAAGAUGAAGCAGCUGGAGCAGGUAGCGCUAGCCAUGGCUGCUGCGGAAGCGGAGAAAAAGGCGAAAAAGAAAGGGGUGGCGGCAGUGGCGGCGGUGGUGAGUCAGGGCGUGAAAGCAAGUGAAGUAUCACUUUUUGACCUGGUGUUUGGGCGGGAUAGCAGCGGGAAACAACCUCCCCCAGUUGCACCUUCCCCCGGGCCCCGAGUGAAGAAUCUGACGAGGCUGGCUGCAGCUAAGAAGCGGUUUGCAGAGAGGGCAGGGCGGGGGGCGAGGGAGAAGGAGAGAUCGGAGAGGGUGGAUGAGGGGGAGAACGAUGUUCCGAGGCUGAUAGACUCGCAGGACAAUGAGUACGUUAUAAGCAGCCCCGGUAAGGGGUCGAAGAUGCAGCUGCAGGAGGACUUCAUGCUUAUAUCGGAUGUGGUGAAGGUGAUUGUGGCGGCGGCACUGGGCGGGCUUGCGUGUGGGCUGGUGGGGCAGCCGAUCAUUCUGGGCUACAUCGUUGCAGGGAUGAUCAUUGGACCGGGAGGAUUUGGUCUUAUUCACGAGCUCGUGCAGGUGGAAACCCUAGCUCAAUUCGGGGUGGUCUUCCUGCUCUUCGCCAUCGGAGUUGAAUUUAGCCUAGCUCGCAUGCAGGGCGUGCAAGCGGUGGCGCUAGCGGGCGGCAUCAUUCAGAUCGGUCUGUCCAUGGUGCUGGGCGGCAUCGUCAGCUCCAACACGCCCCAGGGGCUCUUCAUCGGGGGCUUCCUCUCCAUGUCGUCUACUGCUGUGGUGCUCAAGUGCCUGAUGGAUAUCAACAGCAUGGGGACAGAGCAUGGGCAGAUCAUGCUAGGGACGCUUAUCUCUCAGGACUGUGCUCUCGGCCUGCUCCUCGCAAUAAUGCCUGCCCUCGCCGCCCGCCCCGCCUCUGCCUCGGCCAUCCUGCUCGCUCUCCUCCGAGAGCUCCUCAUCCUCCUCGCCUUCGCCCUCAUCGCCUGGCUGCUCGCCCGCUUCUUCGUGCCGCGCUUCCUCCCGCUGCUGCUGCGCCUGGCGCGCGGCUCGUUCAACAGUGAGAUCUAUCACUUAGGCGUGGUGGCGGUCUGCUUGUGCAUUGCCCUCCUAUCUGAAGGGCUCGGCUUGUCACUCGAAGUCGGGGCGUUUGUGGCUGGCCUCAUGCUCUCAGGCAACAGCUACAGCGAGCGAACUCUACACCAAGUGGAGCCCAUACGCAACCUCUUUGCAGCGCUCUUCCUGGCGAGCAUAGGCAUGGUCAUGCACCCGCUCUUCCUCUGGCAACACAUUGACAUCCUUCUUAUUGCGGUGGCUGUUGUCUUCAUUUCCAAGGCCUGCCUCAUUGGGUUUGUGGUUCGGGCGUUUGGCUACAGCACCGGCACAGCAGCAUCAGUCGGGGUGGCCCUCGCCCAAAUCGGAGAGUUCUCCUUCGUCCUCCUCUCCCGCGCUCAAACCCUCAAGCUCGUGGGCCACAAGCUCUACCUCCUACUCAUGGGCACCACCGCUCUCUCCCUCGUUCUCACCCCCUUCACCUUCCUCUUCGUCCCCCGCCUAGCCCUGCUCUUCCCCUCCACUCGCUCCCGGCCCCGGGCUAAAGCGUCUGCGUCCCCCGCCCCUGCUGCUGCACAGGAGAAGAUCAAAUCGGGGUAUGGGGUCAAAUUGGGGUAUGGGGUCAAAUUGGGGUAUGGGAUCAAAUCGGCGGCUGUGAAUGGGGUGGGCGAGGAGGAUGGUGCUGGCGGUGGUGGGUUGUUGGGUGUUUUGUCUGGUAGCGGGGGAGGUGGUUCUGAUGGAGGCGCAGGUGGUGGGAACCCUGGUGGGGGUAGCGGUGAUGGUUACCACCACCAUGCGAGUCCGUUAACCGGGAUUUCCCCUAGAGACGCAGCAGCUGCAGAUUCAGGUGAUUCUUCAGCUGUGGUUUCAGGUGGAGUUUUUCUGGGUUCGGUCGAGCGCUAA